UACGUUUCCAGGCGGAACCAUUUUAUGUAGGGACACCGUCAUGUGGUUUGUUGAUGGUGACCUUCUGCAUUCACAACGUUAUGCUGUUCUUUUAACACAUUUAUGAAAACUAUUUUUGUUAGUUGUCUUUAUCGUUGCAAUUAUGGCAUUUAAUACAAUUGGCCAGCCUUGCAUAAGCCUAUUUAGAUGUCUUCAGACAGUCACGUACAGAUGCUCACAAGCAACAUCCACUUUUCACAGCACAGCAGGUCAGUUAAACUCUAACAGAACAUGCGUGGUCCGGUUCGGCAGGCAGAAGUAUGAGAGGCUUUAUCCAGUCCUGCUGGUGAGACCUGACGGAUCCACCAUCAACAUCAGAUACAAAGAGCCCAGAAGAGUAAUGAUGAUGCCAGUGGAUAUCACCAGCCUCUCUGAAGAGGAGAGGAAAAUCAGGAUGCGGAAAAGAGAGCCGAAGAGGGGUGGAGUCAAGCAGAAACUUGAAGAGUUUGAUGAUGAUUUUAAAGUGGAUGAUUAUAGCAAAUUCUGGAAGACGAAAUGAACAGUUUGAGCUCAUGCUGUCGAUUGCCUCAUUCACAGUAUUUAUAUCGUAUCAUGUACACAAUUACAAAUUUGUUUUAUAUGUCACCUUACCAUUAAAAAAUUCUUGAAAUGUU